CGAUUGUAACGUGCGGGCAGGCAAGCAGCAGGCGGACUGAUUAACCCUAAAGAAAAAACUACAGCUAGCGAGACUUUAGUACAGUCGAAGUGACGCUGCCGCAUCUAAGGAACGAGAAUUAAAUACAAAACACCACCGAAAGCAAAACAAACUAAUAAAAAUAAUAAUUUGUUGUUUACGAAAAUCAAAUUAAUCUAAAUACACACAACAAAUUUCGUGGCAGAAGACUUAAGCUCAGGCAUCGGCAACUGCUCACGACUUAUCGAGAAAAAAAAAACCCAGAAAACGAAGAGAGAAAAAAAAAGCGGCUGCUUGCAUUGCGCGUGUUGCGCUUGAAAUAGUUAACAAAAUUGAAAUUUAUAUAAAUUUAAAACAAUAUGAACAAUCAACUCACACCGGCCACUUUUCGCAAAUUCAAUAAUUUGCUAAAUAGUGGAGCUGUAACUGUCACCGGUCCCAGCCAGCCCCGCAUAUUGAAGACGCGUCUUGUGGUCCAGAGUGGCGGUGGUGGUGGUGGUGGAGGGGGUUCGGUCAGUUCAGGAGCUGGCGGCGGCGUUAGUUCCAAUGUGCAACAAAAUGUCAGUGAUUUGGAUACAACUGGCGGACAGGGCACCCGGUGCUACAUCUGCGAUGAACGCUGCGAGCCCUCGACAGCCCUAACUGAAAUGUGUACCACGCACACAUCCACAAAAUUCCCGAAUAAAUUGGCCCAACUGGUGGGUGAGGGCUUUCUGGUCAUCGUUUGUGGCGAGGAUUAUGUUUGCUCGCGGUGCACCAACUUGGUGAACUACUAUGACCGCUUGGAGAACGAUGUGGAGCGUGUGAAAACGAAUUUGAUCAGUUUGUUGAAUAAGAAAUAUGCCAUCAAUGAGGAUGUUGGCCUAGAGGCCGGCCCACCCAUGAAAAUGCAAAAACUAACGGCAGGAGCUGGAAAUCGUUCCAUUGAGGAUAGUCCUGGCGGGGAUUUGUUACGCACACGCAAAGUAGCACAAACUACAUCGGGUCAGUUAAAAACUUCGAGUCAACCAGCAACUACCCAGGCUGGCUCCCAGCAAGUUCAACGUAAAGCCACCAAGAUCUACAAGUGCACUUCGUGCGAUUACAAGACCUCGGACAUGCGUCUCUUCAAUACCCAUUACGAGUCGUGCAAACAGCAGACCUUCCAAUGUAAAACUUGCCGCAGGAUUUUCCCCCACUUCGGAGCAAUGAAGCAGCACAUGGUGCGUGACCAUAACACGGCCAUGGACAACACUUGCGCCAUGUGCCACAUCAAUUUCGUAAACGACACCAGCUUGCGCAAGCAUAUGGAAACUAAUCAUGCUACCAAUGUAUUGGUCACCAGCACUACAACCAUACCAGCUGCUGCGGCCCCAGUUCAGGCAGCUGCCAAUGCUGCUGCCGCUGCAGCUGCAUCCAAUGAGUCGUCAUCCUUGGGAGGCGGCUCGGCCUUGUACACUUGCAAUCAUUGCCAGUUCAAGUCAACGGAUAAGGGCAUAUUCGAUGAGCAUAUGCGUAAGCAUAUGACGGGUGCCAAACCGAAACCCUUCAAAUGUCGCCUCUGCUCGCAACGUUUCGAGACACGCGAUGCUGCCACCAUUCACGCCAAGCAGCAUCAGACGAAUUACUUUAAAUGUGGAACUUGCGCGAUGACAUUCCCCAAACGGGACCUGCUGGUUAAGCACUUUGAAGUGCAUCAGAACUCGGGAAGCACUGCAGCUGUCUCACCAAAGCCAAAUCUAAAUACGCAAAAAUUGCUCCAGGAGACCAUUGAUGAGGCCCUGAGUGACACAGUCCCAGCAAGUGGAGGAGGAGGUGCUGCCGCCGCUGCUGCCGCUGUUGUGGCCUCUGCAGAGGCAGAGAACAAUAUUCGAUUCUUCUCCUGUAGCAUUUGCUCGUUGACUUUCAUACAGGAAACCUAUUACAAUCAGCAUAUGGAAACCCAUAGGCGUGACAACAAGAAGGCGGGAUCAACAGCCGGUGGAAAUACAGCACUCAAUUCAGCUGCCACUGCUCUGCUGAGCGAUGAGCCGAGUGAGGCAACGGGCAAAGCAGCCGGCGAGGAGGCCGGUGUAGAGCACUCCGAGGCUGACAUUGAGAGUCUCUUUGAGAAAUUACAUUCGGAAAAGGCGGACAGUGGUGAGGCGGCAGCCAGUAAGACCAGCAAGAGCGGUGAAAUGGUCAUCACAUCCCAGGCAGGCAGCGGUGGCAUUACAUUCAAUAUAACCAUACCACAACCCACAGAUGGCGAACAAAAUCAAAAGGAUUCGCCAGAUGCCCCUGUCUCGGUUAGCAUUGACAUGCCCGUUUUGGAUCAGGCCGAGGAGGAAUCAUCCCAGCAGAGUGCCAAAAUUGCUGAGGUUGAAUCCGAGGUUGCCAAUAAUGAGGGUAAAUCUCAAAAUGCUGCAGCUGCUCCCGUAUCUAUGCCCAGUUUAGAUGAUGACAAUGAGGCAUCGGCGGCAGCAGUUACUGACUCCGAAUCUGCCAAGGCUGGAGCCGGCGGCGGAUCGAAGGCCUCAAAUGAGAAAUCCGCUGCACCCAAAUCGGUCGAUGUCAAGGUGGAAUCAGAAUCCACUGCUAAGGAGACGGUGACACAAUCUGCCGCCGAUGAAGGUAUAAAAGUGGAGGCUACCGCAGAUUCAGCUGUUGCUGGCGAUGUUGCCGAAUCGGCUGAGACAAGCCAAGGCGAGGAGGUGGGUGGAGCAGCCGUUGAGGGUGAAGCCGCCGCUGCUGGCGGGGAACAACAAGUGGCCAUGGAACUGGAUGAAGCUAUGCAGGCUCAAGUGGAUGGUGGCCAGAUCAAGUUUAUUGUGAACGAAAACGGGCAUUUGCUGCAAUUGGAUAACCACAUUCUGACCGAUGCCGAAGGCAAUCAGAUUAUUGUCCAGGAUCCCGAGCAAAUCCAACAGUUGCUGCAAAGUGUUGGUGUCCUGCAGUCCGGAGAGGGUCUAGAGGGUGAGACCCUCCAAAUGAUGACCGAUGGCAGCGGACAAAUGGUCCUGGUUCAUGGCGAUAACAAUGAACAGCAACUGAUUGACGCCUCUCUGCUCAAUGCUGAGGGUCAGCUAAUUAUCCAACAGGGACAGGAUGGCGAGGAGGGUCCCCAUGUCAUUAGUGAGGAUGGCACACGUAUUCCCGUCUCCGUGUCCUACACCGAGGAUGGUCAGCCCAUUGUACAAGUCCAGCAGCAGGUUCUGGAGGCGGCACAAGCGGCUCAGGCUGAGGAGAAAGAAGCUGCUGCCGCAGCCGCUGCGGGCGAACCAACCGGCCAAGAGGAAGCCCAAGUUUCGGAGGCAUCGGGCGCUGGUACGGCGGCGACAACAACAACAGCUGCUGCCACAUCAGCGGGUGGUGCAGUGACUACUACAACAGUGGCUGCCACCAGCAGCAGCAGUGGUCGCGCCUCUGGUGGCAGUUUCUUUGCCCUCGAGGAAUUUACGGAGUCCAAAACCGACUAGGAUUGGCUGUAGGGGCAGAGCCGUGAACACUUUACAAUUAUGGCAUGCGAUGAGGAAUGGUUUUAGCAGAUUCACAGGCGCUAGGCGCAAAGCUUCUAAAAAUGUUUUAUUACACAAGCGGCUCAAGGUCUUCGAUGGACUUUUGCACAUACACCGAUACACACAAUUACACUCACAUAAAGACACACAGCCCCAUAUUCACACUCCCACACACACACACACACAUGCAGACAUGAAUACAUACAAAUCGUACAGUUAUUUGCAUAAUUUAUACAUUUUAGCUUAUGUAUUUCUUUUUCUACACU